CUCAACCGCUCGCACGACACCACUCCCACGCCCUCAUUUUUUAGCACUUGCCGUGUUCGCUCCUCGCUCGUCGACAAAAGCUUUCGCUCUGAGGCUUUCAAGUGAAGGAGAGACUCCACGAUGAACGUCGCAAACUGUCGAACCAUCGUGCCUAGAGUCGCUGGAUGAUCGCACGAGUUGGAGGCAAAUCGUCCAAGCAUCAGUCUCACAAUCUCUAAAACAGAAAACAAGAAAACCAAAAGCUACCCCAAAAAGCAAUCCAACCUCUACCAAUCAUCUCACUACUACCGCAUCACCAUGAAGCUCAACACCAAAAAGAUGACCCCACUGAGCAAAGCUUUCCCAGAUACUUUCAAAGAUACUCCUGAUAGUUGCCUCCUCCACGAGAACGAGAAUGUGCCCGUGGGCGGUGGUAAACCCCAGGACCACGAUUCGGAUGUUGGACUCACUACGGGAUGGUCUGCAAAGUUGGUCGUUACGCCCCUCAAAGCGUGCUCGAGGCACUCCUCGAAACAAGAACACUAUGUGACGUCGGACGAAUUGGAAGCUUUGGUAAAGGCUUUUGGCAGCGCAAAAAUUGAAAUCCGAGGUGACGAGGCAAAGGAUGAAGAGCAAGAAGAGGAGAGUAAUCUUUGCUCAACGACGACCGAAGUGAACAGGAAGACGAUUACAAGUACUACAAGUACUACUAGUACUGCCAGAACGAGCAAGAUGAGUGCCAAGAACACCAAAGCCACCGCAACUGGCAGCAAAACCUCGACAGCUUUGCCUGACAACGACGACGAGGGCAAAAGAUUGGGUCUCUAUUGGACGAAGGAACCGACCAGGAAGUCGAGGAAUGUUCCCGUGGAUGUGAAGCGCUCGUAUCGCAAUACCGAUGAAGACUCGGACGACGAGUAAGAAGCUACAACAUCUAAUCUACAGCACCACUGUGGAUGCGAUGUGUUCUGCACCAUCGAAUCGAAUCUUUUUACUCUGUGGGUUACUAGUAAUGGAAUCGAAUCGAAUCGUCAUAUUAGCAAGCCAUAGCUUAUACUUCAUCUCAUAUUAACAAUUUAUUUUCAUC